AUGAGCUAUCCAACAAACAACACCUACCGCCGCUACAAACAGGACACCGAGUCCCUGUUUACAUGGCUUUCUGACUCGCUCGACAAACUUGGCAUCGCGUUUGAUGAGAAGAUAGAGGAAAUAAGCAUUAGAAGGCUACUAGAGCUAGCUUCCCAGGCCCACAGCGCGGGUGUCUCGAUGCCAUACGAAGUCAUCUUUUCCGUCGAGGACGCCCUCAAAGUACGCAGACAGUAUCACGCGUGGUACAGCAACCAUCUCUCCGAGGAUUCCUCCCAAGACCAUCACAAGAGAGUUGACCAGUCAAACAAAGCUCACGCAGCAUUUAUCGACGUGCUACAGUACAUUCAUGACCUCUUCGCUCCAGCCAAGAACCCAGCCCCACAAUCGCUGCAGUCUUCACCAACAGACAAGAAGAUUCUUGACAUCACCAACUUGUUUGCAAACCUAGGGGCUGAGACCGAGGCUGAAGUGCAAGACCCAUAUCCUGGGGCCAAUCUGCCGUCUGGUACAAAGCUGGCCGUGAACCCCUCGGUGGUGGUGAGACGGGUUCGAGCGCUCACUGAAGACAGGCUUUUGGAGCUUUACUGUCUCUUGGAAGAUGCGAACAAGAUACGCCACUACCUACGUAAGAAGUGGGCUGAAUACUCCACUCGGAAAGUCGACCUUCAGACUGCCGCGGUGACAACACAAAUGGCCUUAGAGUCGUUCUUAGACAUCGAGGAUGCUUUCGAGCGCAAGCACGGCAAAGUCCAUGAAGAUGAGGCCAGUGAAUUUGACUCUGAAUACAGAAAUAUCUACAUGGACCUGGCAUUUGGUGAUCUAGCACCUUGCUUAAUGGAGAGCACUGAAACCAUGUCCAAAAAAGAGAAAACAGCCGCUAUCAUGCGGGCGCAAGAUAUCGCGAAGGAACGCUGUCGAAAGAUGGAGGCGUCAGCAUGGCACGUUUCGGACGAUCUGAGAAACUGGAAUUUCCAGCCAGCAUACUAUGCACUCCGACACAUGCUUGCAAAGGGAGACGAGUGGGUGCUCAAGCAGUCUUGUCGCACGCCUGCUGAUAGGUCUGAUGAUCUGGAUGCUGCGAUGGGGUUCUCCAGGGACAAGGAUCGGAUGCACCAGAUCAAAUUCCACACCGCUGCAAGAGAAUUUAUGGACACCUGUGUUGAUGUAUACGCAGUGAGUCUGUUCUUCCGCCAAGAUCAAACAGCUUGUGCAACGGCCGACAUCAUCACCCUCAUGUGGGCAGGGCCGUGUGAUUACAGCAUUGGUAUGGUCCUCUACAUUCAAAUCUCGCAUGAUAUCCGCACAGCGAAGACAGAAUCUGGGCAAGCCAACAUCAUCACUCAAGCAUCUGAUGAUUACAAGAAACUGGGAUGCGAACUGGCUGGUUUCAGCCGAAGAUUUUUCAAUCCCUUACAGCGGUCAUCAAAAGCCUUUGAAAAUCUCAAAGCUUCGAUUAAACUGGAACAAGCCUGGCUAGAAGCAAAGAUUCCCGAGGGGAUAGGUCAGCUAAACAACAGGAGGAAGAAAGCAGUCUCGACGCUUUCGAAUUUUCCCCUCUUGGUCAAUCCGGUCCUUGCUGGCAUGUUUCUUUUCGAACAGUCAUACAAACGCUACCGCAGUCGCAUAUGCAUGGUAAACUGCAAGUGGUCUCUGGUCCCUUUCGCGCAUACUAUGAACUGGCUUGCCGUAGCAGACCAGAACACAACAGCAGACUUCCGAAAGAUAUGGCCCGACUUCUACACAACACUCGGCAUGAUCGGGCCUAGGCCGGCCUGGAUGGGUUCCGGACCUCCAGAGACUUUAAGAAACUGCCGGAACCGAAUGCUCCUAGCUUGGGGGUUGCCACUCACCGAGUUUUACCAGAGGAUGAUUAAUGGCGACAUUCCCAGAGUGGAGGAAUUGAUUAGGCGCAUCGCAUACAACAAAACCGAUCGCUUGAGCACAGAGCUAAUAGAGACGAUGUUGGGUGGUGAUUUGUCUAUGCGAGAAAACCCGAAGAACUUCCAAAAAGUUCUGAGAGAGGCUAGAAAAUAUACAGGCCAACUUCUGAAGAUCGAGUUCAACCAGCCCGUACCACUUCUGGAAGCCGUCCACGAAAAUGUCAACUCUCAAGAAAGGAUCAACGCCAAGCAGAGCCAGAUUCGCAAGAUUGUCUUGUCGUCUACCACCGUGUACGGGUCUGGGACCACCGCGAAGACUCCCAUCAGCAAACCGAAGGGCCACCAGGAACCAGACAUGCUGUCCUACAUUGACACAUUUUCUCGCACGGUGAAAGCCGAAAUGCCACGAAUCAUGUUCCCCUAUGAUGAAUUGUCCUCUAUAUGCUGCGAUCUCGCAUGCAUACUCCUUGACGGUGCGCAUGAGGCCGCCACCACAGACCUGUUUGACAAGGCCAGCGAGGGUGAGGGGAGGGACCUGUUUGACAAGGAAGACAUCGAAGGAUGUGGUGCCUAUAGCGUCUGCUCCAUGAUAGCUCUCGCCACCAUGUUUCGAGAAAGGAAUGAGGGGGGGAAGAAAUGCAGUUUGGAGGAAUUCUUGCUGAAACUUUUGGACGAGCAGUGGAAGAAAUCGCAGCACCCCAAAGAUGAGCUCACCAGAGACUUUGUGGAAAAGUGCAAGGGUUUUGGAUUCUUGGUUCCAGAGUGUGCGACUGAAGCUUUGUCAUCUGGGGAGCCACCCGGGGCGUCGACUUGA